GUUGCCAUUUGUUCUCUCUCUUUAUUUUGUUCUUUUUUUGGGUGGGUGUUCCAUGUGAGCUUACCAAAAGAAGAAAAAAGAUGAGGGUUUUGGCCUUCUCAAAGUCUCUCUCUCUCUCUUUCUUUAAUAAUUCAUUCUUCUUUCUCUUUCUAUCUAUGUGUUCUGUCCGUUUUUCCUUGUAAAUCUUUCUAGGGUUUCCACUUUUUUCCCUACCCAGCUGCCAUAGAUCCUACAACAUUUGAUUUGAUUUCCCACUUGCAAUUAAUUUCUCUCUUCCUCUUCCCUUUCUCUCUCUCUCUCUCUCUUUUCCCCCUCUAGCUUUCAGAUCUGCAACAACCCAAGAAAGCUUUUUUCUUGUUAUUCUAUUUUGGGUGAGUUCUAAUUUUAUCCUUUUAACCCUCUUUCUAUUUUGGGAAAAUCUUUCUGGGUUUUGAUUUGUUUGUACUGUGUUUGAGAGUGAAACCAUUUUUUUUUUCUUCUGUUCUGGGUUUUCUUGGGAAUUUAAUUUCUUUUAUUUUCUCUCGUCUUCUUGAACUAGGUGUAAGCUCUAAAUAUAUAGAUAGAUAGAUAGAUAUAUACAUAAUGGUGAGAGGGAAAACUCAGAUGAAAAGGAUAGAAAAUGCUGCAAGUAGGCAAGUGACCUUCUCAAAGCGGAGGAGUGGGCUUCUUAAGAAGGCCUUUGAGUUGUCUGUUCUAUGUGAUGCUGAAGUUGCACUCAUCAUCUUCUCUACAAAAGGAAAGCUCUAUGAGUUCUCUAGUUCCAGUAUAACCAAGACUAUAGAACGGUAUCAGAAAAAUGCCAAAGGCCAAGGAAUAAAAAAAAUGGCAUUUGAAGAAGAUAUACAGCAUUUGAAGGAAGAUGCUGUUUCAAUGUCAGAGAGGAUUGAGCUCAUUGAAGUUUCUAAACGAAAGCUCUUGGGGGAAAAUCUUGAAUCUUGCUCUAUUGAUGAGCUACAGCUGAUAGAGGAUCAGUUGGAGCGAAGUUUAAGCAACAUUAGGGAGAAAAAGAAUGAGUUAUUCAAAGAGAAGAUCGACAAAUUGAAGGAAGAGGAGAGAGUCCUAGAAGAAGAAAAUGCAAAAUUACGAGAGAAGGUGAGUUUGAGCAGCGAUCAGAACAACUGUCAGUAAUGAAGCAAGAGUUACCACGGAGACAGACUUUGGAUGUAGAGACUGAGCUGGUCAUAGGACCACCUGAAAGAAGAACUACCCAUAACUAAUUCUUCAAAGGACCAUGUGAAAGAAGAAAACUACACAUAUAAACUAAUUCUUCACAUGACCAUAUAUGUGAAAGAAGAAGAGCUGCCCAGAACCAGUUGUAAAGUUAAAUGGUAAAUCUUGAAUAAGCUGCUACUCUCAAACUGCACCAUUACUAAGCUUUCAAUUUGCGCAGAAAAAUAAUUAUGAAGCUCAUGGACGGACACUUGAAGGAGGUGUGCCAUUCAAAUAAAUGAUUUGUUUGUUUAAACUUGUGUGCCAAAGAGAGUGUUUGUGAAGAGAAAAUCUGUACUUUGACAUUUCCAGACUCCAUUUUAUUUGCGUGGAACAUACCAAUUAUUAUUUCUUCUCCCGCUUUCUUCCUA